AUGCUCGAUAACACAAACCACGGCAACUAUUAUGAGGCCGUUUGUGCGCUAAUCGAUCGCUUACUAGACGUACGGCCCGACAAACGUCCAGAUUGUGCGACAAUCGCUCAACAGCUCCGGGAACUUAACACCGAUGAAAUAUUUGUCCUGCAAUAUAUUUUACCUGAUCAAAUUAUCACAUCAAACCGUACAGACAUUCAUAACGGUGACAAUAAUGCUGUUAAUGGAAAUAAGAUUGGUCAAAAUUUUGAUAUCAUUGGGUUAAUUGGCAAUGGUCAUUGGGGCAAAGUGUAUAAGGUUAAGCAUGCCGUAUUAAAUAAGUUAUACGCUGUUAAAAUAUGUACAAUAACAGACAAUUUCAAACAAAAAUUGGCCGAAAUUCGCUUAUGGUCACAAUUAGAUCGUACUUAUUAUCUUCAAUACAGACAGCACUGGUUUACCCACGAAAUCAGUGACACAGCACCGGGACGUACGCUAACCCUAAACACACUAAUAGAUUGGUGUUCACUAUCAUUGAAGACAGCACUCGGCAAAGCGCGUGACUAUUUCGGCGUACGUCCCAAACGCCUGUUCCCACCCCUGGGUUUCUAUAUGGCAUCUGAACUACUGCUGGAACUCAUUGAAUGCGUACACUAUUUGCAUACAAGACAUCCACCCGUUAUUCACCGUAACAUUAAGCCCACAAACAUUAUGAUCGCACCGGUAGUCGGUUCCAAUGGGUGCCGUUUUGUAAGAUUGAGUGGCUUUGAACUAGCUGUGAAUCAUAGCGAAAAUGAGCAUGGUCACUCACCACGUGUGGCUAGUGUUAAGUUUAUGGCGCUGGAGGUUAUGGACGGCCAUACAUACGAUACAAAAGCCGAUAUGUAUAGCAUUGGUGUUACGAUUCAGGAGUUAUUCAACUUUGAUAUGAAUAAAGACCAAUGGAUGCAACCGAUGGACAGUGAGGUCCGGGCUAUGAUUGCCGACACAAUCAGUGUUGACAACACAUCGUAUGACAUAAACACUCAGUUUGUUCAGCAUUUCCUGAGCGCUAAAUACAGGGCCAGCGGUUAUGACAACCAUUUGAAUACUAUGGCACAGUUGACGGCUAAACAGUUGCUAAAUGAACAGUUAAUUAAUACAUCGACUGAACAAUUAUUAUCUACAUCUGGCGAUCAUGACAUCAAUAAUGGACAGGUAGAUAAACCAUAUGUGUUUGAGUUUAGCACUGGUACUGAAUACAUGGUAGAGCCGUCACAAUGUCUAAUAGUAAAAGUACAGGACGACCAACCCGUUAAGACUCACGAUUAUCAAAGUUCAACAACUGACCUAUGUACAUUAAAUGAAUCAACAGUUCAGCCAAUAGUGAUUAAAGCAUCGAUUGCCAGCAAUGAUGGUCAACAGCACCCGCCGGCUCAACAUAUGGCCGAAGCACAGGUUGAGUCAAUCAUACAGUGUCUGAUGGAUAGACUGGAACCGGUGAUAGACAUUGAGACCCAUCACAGGCCCAACCAUUUGCACAAAGAGUUUUUAUUAGAUGGUCAGUGUUUGGGCGCCGGACUCUCGGGACUCGUAGUGCGGGCCACGAGACGGACAGACGGUACUGAAUAUGCCGUUAAAAUGCAUUUUAUUGUCGGUGAGUAA